AUGUCCUUCGCAUACUCCUGCAUUGCCCUGGGGCUGAGCAUCGCAGAAGGCAACACCUAUGGCACAAUAGCGGGCCAGAAAUUGUCUCCUUCUGCUAAGGCCUUUGGCGUGCUGAAUUCCCUGGGAUCAGUGCUCUUUGCCUACUCAUUCAGCAUGAUCCUGGUCGAGAUCCAGGCGGUGUCGGUGGCGGGGUACAUGGCCUUUGGCAGCAGCAUCCAGCCCGACAUCCUGACCCGGUUUGCGGGGCCGGGUUGGGUCCUCAUCUGGGCAAACGCGAUGGUCAUCAUCCACAUGGUCCCCGCCUACCAGGUGUACGCCCAGCCCACAUUGGCAUUCAUAGAGGAGCGCUAUGCGCGGUGGGCUAGGGCGCCUGCAUGGUCCAGGGGUUGGAAGCUGCGCAUCCCCCUGCGGUCCUUCUAUGUUGUGGCCGUCUGCAUCAUAGCCAUCUGCCUGCCAUUUUUCAAUGAUAUCGUCGGCUUGAUAGGGGCCUUGGGCUUCUGGCCCACCACCGUCUUCUUCCCUGUGGAGUGCUGGAUCCGGGUGUACAACCCCGAUAAGCGAAAGCGCUUCUGGUUGCGGGUCCUCAACAUCGCUUGCGGCAUCCUCACCCUUGCGGCAAUGGUGGGCAGCAUCCAGCUCAUCGUGGUCGACUCGAGCGGAUACAGCUUCUUCGACUGA